UGUCUAUGGUAACUACUGACGACCAUUGUGGGAAGCUAGCUAGCUAACGAUACAGGCUAGCUGCAAAUCGAAGUGCAAAGUUGUCCGAUGAAGGACCAGUAUACAGAAUGGACAAAGAAUUAAACGAAGAAAUAUUGCAAGACUUGUUUGCCUGGAUAGACAAAAUACCACUGUCCAGACCUAAGAGGAAUAUAACAAGAGACUUCAGCGACGGAGUGAUGGCUGCUGAGGUCGUCAAGUAUUUCUUCCCCAAACUGGUUGAGCUUCACAACUACACCCCAGCCAACUCUAUACAGCAAAAACUCAGCAACUGGGGCACUCUCAACAGGAAGGUGUUCUCCAAGCUGAACUUCCACAUCCCAGAGGAGACAGUGAAGAGGAUAGUGGUGAGCACUGCUGGAGUAAUAGAGCCUGUCCUGUGUUUGCUCCGAGAAAGGAUUGACGACAAGAGACAGCAAUGCACUGAAGACACACUACUGGAUGUGGAAUACUACAACAACAGGAACCAAGAGAAACCUCUCACAGAGUCACCUCCCAACGACGCCCAGAAGAAACCAGGACUGGGGAAGAAGAAAGAGGAGAGGGCACACGUACACCAACACACAGACAAGACCAGCACUGUGCUAGGUUCUCAGGUGGACCCAACCAUCCGUCUUGUGCUGGAGGAGAAGGAGCAAGCUCUUCUUGCCCUACAGGAGACUGUGGAGAUCCUGCAGAUCAAGGUGAACAGACUGGAACACCUGGUUCAGCUAAAGGACAUGAGACUUGAAGACCUGACACGCCAUCUGGAGAGAUACAAGGCCAGAUCUAACGUGCCUUGAUACAUACCGAAGCGGACACACACAGAAACACACACUUAACUCUCAGACACAACUAGAAACAACAAACACACCUCUCCUUUUUCUAAAUUCAUUUUUUUCUAACAAGAAAUGCUUGUUUUUCUAUCAGCCUGUACUUUUCUAUAAGCUAGCACUGAAUGUUUUGUGAAGCAUUUGUUAAUUAGUUGAAUGUAUUCGAUCAUAACGGAUGAUAUUGUAUUGAGAAUGUGUGUGCUUUCCAUCUAUAAUGUGCUAGAUUGAGUGGGCUGCUAGACUAUAGUGUCUAUAAGGUUUGUUGUGUGGAUCUGGUGUGUGUCUAUUGCUGUGCCUUUUAUAACAGCCAUGUGACCACUAACCUCUGAAGCUGCCUAAGUAAAACACUGACACUAAA